AUGAGCUGGGCGUUAGGAGAUUGGAAAGAAGGGCUGCCCACCAGAGCUCUUCAGAAAAUCCAUGAGCUUGAAGGACAGCUGGACAAGCUGAAGAAAGAAAGGCAGCAAAGGCAGUUUCAAGUGGAAACUCUGGAGGCCGUGCUGCAAAAGCAAACACAGAAGGUUGAGAAUGAAGAAAUGGAGGCCAUAACCCUAAAGAAGGAGAAUCAAAGCUUGAUGGAAAUAUGUGAAAACCUGGAGAAGGCUAAGCAGAAGAUCUCUCACCAACUUCAAGUCAAGGAGUCACAAGUGACUAUCCAAGAAGGACAACUGAGUUCAACCAAAAAACAAAUAGAGAAAUUGGAGCAGGAACUGAACAGCUGUAAAUCUGAACUUGAAGGAAGCCAGAAAGCUGCAUGGCCUGCAGAUGUCUCUGGGAAUGCAUGUGACACACCACCAAAACUGUUUACCACUCCAAUAACACCAAGUCAGUAUCAUAGCGGUUCCAAACAUGAAGAUCAAAAAUAAAAAUAUGAUGAAGAAGUUGAAGAAUGGAAAAGAAUAGAGGCAGAGGUGAAAUUUCUGUCUUUACAGAAAGCCAGCCAGGUUAUUGCACAAAACAUCAUGAAACACCUGAACAUUGGCCAACACCAGGCUUCCUGGUCUGUGUUCCCAUGGCAACAAGAACAGACCCCAAGUCUUCUUUCUUCUGAUGCUCUACAGACUCCCAUCAGCAGAGGUUACUCUGCAUCUCACUUCUCCCAGAAACUGGAAGUGACCCUGAGUAGUAGAUCAACUUUGCAAGUAGGGCAAAGAGGUGCUGAUAGCAGCUUCUGUGAUAAUGCUAGCAGUUCUCAACUUUGGGAUCAACGAAAUGCCCAGAGUCAAGAGCUAAGGAGCCAGGCUGGUGAGUUGGAACUACAACUGCCAGGACACGAGAAAGAAAUGAAAGUCCAAGUGAAUCAGUGGCCAGAACUCCAGCUCCAACAGGACAAAACAAAAAUGGAAUUAAAUGAAAAAGAGAAAGUUUUGAAUAAAAGUAGGGCUGAACUGACAGCACAGUAUGACCAGGCAUCAACCAAGUAUACUGCAUUGGAACAAAAGCUGAAAAAAUUGACUGAAGAUUUGAGCCUUUAUCGACAGAAUGCAGAAAGUUCCAGAUGUUCUCUGGAACAGAAACUCAAGUUAAAAGGAAAACAGUUUCAAGAGGAGCUCUCCAGUCAACAGCGUGCCUUCCAAAUCUUGUACAGAGAGAGCUCACAGGUGAAAGGCAGACUCACACAGGAGCUGCAGCAGGCCAAGAACGCUCGCAACAGCCUGCAGGCAGAGCUGGAUAAAGUCACAUCAGGAAAGCACCAGCUACAAGGAGAAUUGGAAGAGUUGAAGCAACAUUUGAGCCAAACCCAACAGGCCUUACGGGCGAGUCAGACCACAGAAAAUAAGCUGAGGAGGAGCAAUGAGGAAAUAAAGCAGGAAAACAGCUUCCUCAAGAGCCAGUCUGAACAAAGUGCCAGAGAAGUCUGCCACCUGCAGGAAGAACUGAAGAAGACCAGUCAAUGUUUGAGUCAGAGCCAGGAUUUUGCAGAGGAAAUGAGGGCUAAGAAUGCUUUUCAAGAAACCACAUUAAGAGACCUCCAAGAAAAAAUCAAUCAACAAGAGAAUUCCUUGACUUCAGAGAAACUGAAGCUUGCCUUGGCUGAUCUGGAAAAGCAAUGUGAUGGUUCUCAAGCCCUUUUCAAGGAAAGGGAACAUCAUGUUGAACAAGUGAGUGAAAAGUUAACCAAAACACAGAGAGAGUCUGAAGCUUUAUUGUGUGCAUUGGAGAUAAAAAAAAAGUUUGACAAAGGGAAAGAAGAGAAAACUCACUUUUGUCACUAGAAAAGUGAAAAUGAACUCAUAAAGGAAAUGGAAUUGGAGAAUGAAAUCUUCCUAAGUAAAACCAAUCAAAUGGAAAUGUGUCUUAAGAAACAACAAAUAAGAAGCAAUGGAUAAAAUAAGAGAGUAAGCACACAGGAGAUGGAAGGAGGAAGCCUAAGGGUGGAGGUGAAGAACCUUUGUAGUGUCCUCCAUAGCAAGACAGUGGAGAUGGAGACACAGAAAGAAGCUCAGGUAUAAUUCCAGCAGAAAGCUGAAUUGUCAGAUAGAAAACAUAGGAGGGAAACAGAAAGCAUGUGCUUGAAAGUUUCUGAGCUUACUGAGCAAGUUGAAGAUAUAAAGCACAAACUUCAAUUAAUGUCAAGUGAAAUAAGAAAGACCAGCAUUAAAGACCAGCGUUACCAAGAGUUGCACUCUGAAUAGGAGAGGCUCAGGGAGCUGCUAACCCGUAAUUCCUUGGUGACAAAUGAAGCUCAUCGCAGCAGUUUUCUUGCUUCUGAGCAGCAGUGUGAAGUGAAUAAUUUCUUGGCUCUCCAGAUCAAAAGCGACCACUGUGACACACACAGAUCAGGUGAACGUGCUUGGGAAAGCAAAGAUCUUCAUCUGAUGUGCGACAGAGAUGUCCAGCAGGACCUAAGCCAAAAGACUGAGAGAGUCACCAAGACAGCGGCAGUCGAUCUGGUGGGAGAAGGUCCUCAGGAGCAGUCUUUCAAAGAGAAAGCCCACCUCCAGGAGCACCUACAGAGCUUGAUAAAGGAUUUACAGGCCCUGUCUCUGGGAAGAAAUCAGCAGGAAAACCAAAACGAACAGACGAAUCACAAGAAAGUAUCCCUUGUAAGGGAAUCUGAAAGCCUGCAGAACAAGGGCUGUGAACUGCAACAAGAAGAUCUGACUGUCACUAAAAGCUUGGAGGCUACAGGAAUGCAGAAAGGUGAGGUGGCCAUGAGGCUGAGCUCAACCCAGGACCAGGAGCAUCUGAAGAUAAAUGACCUGAGGGUCAGCAUAGAGGCUGACAAGAGCAAACACUUGGAGGAAAUGAAAGCAACUGACAAUAAGGAGGACAAUCUUUCAAGCCAGGUGCAAAUGGCUGGAAAAAGCCAUGAGGCGACAAUUCUUCAUGCUGAGCAUUCCAAAGCAGAGGUGGAGACCCUAAAAACUCAACUACAAUCCAUGAAAAAACACCUGACAGCUUCAGAAUUGGACCUCAUCAGAAUCCGGUCCGAAAAAGAAAAUCUGACCCAGCAGCUGCGAGAAAAACAGGGUCAAGUGACAGAGUUGGACACAUCGCGUUCUUCACUGCUACAGCUGUUAGAGGCAAAGGAGGAAGAAAAUCGGCACAGGCAAGAAGAGUCCAAAGCUGAAGGGGAAAUGCUGGAAAAAGAAUUAAAAGAGCUGAUGAAGGAGGUGGCAGCUCUGUGUGAUGACUCACAAGCCAGGAAGUUCCCAGAAGAGAGCUCCCCUAUGCAGAGAGUGCAACAGCUGCACAAGAGCAUCAAAAAGCUGAAAGACCAACUAGAAGACGAUGACAAGAAACAAUUCUUCGUCUUAGCAAAACUGCAGGAAACUAAGCAUCAAGCAGAGUCGUUUAAGGGGGAAGUCGAUCAACUUGAAAAAGAACUGAAAAAGGCCAAAAAAACCCAUGAGCGGGCGACUCGGGAGGCACAGGGCUCCAAAGCAGAGGUAGAGAAGUUGAAAGCCAAGUUAGAGGAGAUGGCCCCAAGUCUGAAAGAUCUCAGGUCAGAAAAAGAAAAACUGACCAAAGAAUUACAAAAAAGCCAAGGACGCGUAUGUGAAUUAGAGCAGUUAAAAGCUUCCUUUGACAAUCGAUCACGAGAAAAAGAGCAGGAAAUCGUUCGUGUGAAACAAGAAUGUAAAGCUGUCCAGGAGCGGCUUCAAGCGCAAAUAAAAGACCUGAAGGACAAACGGCCCUCCCUGGGUGAUGGCCAUGGGACCUGCAAGGCCAGAGAACAAGGCCUGAGUGCUCAAGUAGCUUAUCUGCAGCUUGAGAAAUGUCAGCUGCUGCAAGGCCUUGACCAGGCCAGAGGUCAUUCCAGUAUGUUGCUAUCUUCUGUGAAUGGCCUGGUUCAAGAAUUAGAAGACAGCAAAGACAAACUAAAGAGGAGGGAGCAAGAGAUAAGCGUCUUAAAACAUCAAAUCCAGGACCCAGCACAGCAGGUCUCUAAGUUGUCCCAGCAAGGAGGAGAGCCCCAACUUCUAAAGAAGCAGAAAGAACUGGAGGGUCUGACUGUGCAAUUGGAGCAGAAGAUCCGAAGUCUGCAGUCCAAAAACCACACUUUGCAGGACACCUACAAAGUGCUGCAGAACUCCUCCAGGCACCUGCAGAAAGACCUGGAAUCGAUAAAAAUGGAAAAGCAGUCCUAUGUGGAAAGAGUAAACUCCUUGACUUUGAGGGAAACAGAGCUGAAGAGGAAAGUGCACGAGAUAACCCAGAAAAUGACAGACUUGAAAGAAGAAUUCAUUGGGGAGAAACAUAGGCUAACUGAAGAAUUAAAUGUAAUGUUGGAAGAAAUGAAGCCCAAAGAAGCCCAACUGAAGGCAUUGGUGCUAGAAAAUGGUGACUUGAAGAGGAGCUUGGACCGCAUACACAAACAUCAGAUGGAAAAUCAGGAGAAAAUGAGAGAAGAAAUAGCUGAAUAUCAGAGACAGCUUGAGAAGGCUGAAAAGAGACACCAAACUUUGCUUCUGGAUACAAACAAACAGCAUGAAGCGGAAAUCCAGACAUAUAGAGAGAAACUCACUUCUACAGAAGAAUGUCUCAGCUCACAGAAGGUGGAGAUAGACCUCUUGAAGUCCAGCAAAGAACAGCUCAGUAAUUCUUUGAAAGAAAACACUGAGCUUUUAGGAGAAUUGAUAAAAACCAAGAUAAACAAUCAAACACACAUAAAGCAGCUGAAGAAGGAAAAGGAAGGUGCCCAGAGAAAGAUCGAUUUUUGUCUCAGACACUAUAAGCUGAUGGAAGAGGAGAUGGAAGAGUUGCAGAAAAAGCUGUGUGAGCGUGAAGAAGCUGCACCAGAGAAGCAGAAACCAGGUGCUCUUGUGGAUGCUCACGCAGAUGAACUGAUGACCAAGGUGAAAGAAUUGAAAGCCACCCUUGAAGAAAAAAGCAAGGAGGCAGAAGAGUACUUGAAUAAGUACUGUUCCCUGCUCACAAGCCACAAAAAGCUGGAGAGAGAUAAAGAGAUUUCAGAAGCCCAAGUGGCUCAUCUGACUUCACAACAAUCUCCACCCAAUAUCGAGAUUUCCCCUUUGCUGAAGUCAGUUGAUCCAGAGUCACUUCCAGUCCCUUGUGUUACUGAAACGAAGGGAUCAUCCAGCCAAACGAAAGCUUCAAGUAAGAGGCAAAGGUGCAGUGGGAUUCGGGAGAACAAGGGAGGAACAGCACCUUCCACACCACACACGUUUCCUAAAAGAAGCCGGAAGGCAGCCAAAAGGGGCACACCCCCUGCAGAGGAUGUGGAAGACACUGAGCUUGAGCCCCAGGGACUUGCAGAAGUUGGAAAGGAAGGGCCUGCUGCCAUCCCAACAGGAAAGACAAGCCCCUACCUCCUGCGAAGUACAACCAUGGCAAGCAGGAGCAGCCCACGCCUUGCCGCUCAGAAGUUAACACGCUCCCUCCUAAAUAUCUGCAAAGAGAGCCAUGCUGGGACCUCCCAACCAACAUCUGCUGGCAGCAGAUCACAAAAGGUGAAGGUGGCUCAGCAAAGCCCCCUCGAUUCAGGCACCAUCCUCCAAGACCCUUCAGCCAGACCUCUCUUGGCCAGUAAGCUCCGUAAGAGACAGUGGGCCAGUGGCCCCAGCGAGGGCCUGAAGUCCAAGCGAGGCUGCCCCGCACCCAGCUCGGAAGCUGGCACCCAGUCCCGUGAGACCUGUAGCAUCCAGUAGAAGAGACCUUGUGUGUUAGGGCCCCUGGCAGGUGGCCACAGUUGGGUGUUAAGCUAGGUACCCACAGGGGCUUUUAUUUACUCAGGGACACAUUAUCAGUAGGAAGAAAGCAAUUUCUCAGAAAUCUAAAUGUACUGUACUCUUUAGAUAUCCCAUUGGGAGUAUUAGAAAAGUUUGGAAGCCCUAAUCACCUACCUAUUUCUUACUGAUGUGCCUCCUGCAUUCUGUGCAUAGUAGUGUAGAAAGACUUUUGGAAGUAUUACACUUGAGAGUCAAGCAUGGUCUCCCUUCUCUGUGUGUGUGUGUAGUUUGAAAAUACAAAACAAUUUAUACUUCCAAUUAACUGCUCCAGGAAAAUGUAAUCUUGCCUUGUGCUAUUUCCUAUGUACUAUUCCUUGUACUAGACAUGAAAUACUUUCAGAGAACUUGUUAGAGCUGAGUCAAAUGAAGGAAAGCCAUGUUGUAUGCUUUUAAGGAAAACGUGCUCAAAUAUUCACUAUGGCAGCCUCGUUGCUGGCCCCUUAAGAUGUAAUGUAUCAAAUGUUCUUUUAUGGUGAUAAGUUCUUUGAAAAGGCCAAUAUGGUGUGCAUUCCCCUAAAUGGCGAUGUUGUAUUAAAACAAGGCAUUUUGUUCUCGUAAAA